AUGGUCCGAGCUGAGGAUGAGCUGAACAUUACCAACGAUCAAAAUUUGGAUGAAUAUGUUAGCAUUGAUCAAAACACUCCAACUGAAGGAGAUGUUGAGCUUGAACAUUUAGUCUUAGAACUAGGUGGUGAAUCUAACCAAGAAAAUGAGACGGAUGAUGAAAUUGAGGAGAUUCAAGAAGAGGAAAAUAAAGUAAAAUGCUACGAUGAAGCCUUAAUUUAUGUGAAAGAACUGAAAAACUUCGCAAAAGAUGACUAUGCCUUUGAACAAAUAAAAAAUUUGGACUGUCAUUUUCGGAAAUGUCGUGAUGAUGCAAAGCAAAAAAAACUUAAGCAGGCGACUAUUCUAACAUUUAUCCAAACUGUUUUAAAUAAGUUUUCUGUCCUUUUGUUGUUUUGUGGAGCAUUUGAGUUAGCCUUAAGGGGUCACGAUGAAAAGGAAAAUUCGGAAAACAGAGGCAUAUUUAAGGAGCUGGUGAAUUUUAGCGCCGAAUUAGACAACGAAUUGAAAGUCCAUAUUCAAAGUGCCAAACUUUUCAAGGGUACCUCAAAAACAACUCAAAACGAGCUUCUUGAGUGCAUGCUAGAUGUUUAUCAUGAAGAAGUUAAGAAGGAGAUUGCAAAUUCUCCUUUUGUUGCAGUAAUUGCCGAUGAAACGACUGACGUAGCCUGUGAAUUUCAAUAUUUGUGUAAAGGACAACCAGUUGAGAGAUUUUGGAGAUUUUACGUCCCCGACGGACACGAUGCCAAAUCAAUCGCUGCAUGCGUUUUAAAUGUUGUAAAUCCAUUAAUAGAUCAAAAUCCAAACAAAUUAAUAGCUCAAAGCUAUGAUGGUGCGUCUGUUAUGAGUGGUGAAUUGAAUGGCGUUCAAAAGAUUAUUAAGGAAACUUAUCCACUUGCAAAUUAUGUUCAUUGCUAUGCACACCAGUUAAAUCUAAUUAUGACAAGCGCAUGCUCUGUCAAUAAGCAGGCUAGAAUAUUUUUCCAUAAUUUAUCUGGAUUGUGCUCUUUUUUUUCGACGUCUCCUCAAAGAACAAAAAUUUUGGAUGAAAUAGUUAAUCGCAGAUUGCCAAGAUCUUCCCAAACACGUUGGAAUUUUCAGUCACGAGGUGUUCAUACAGUUUAUGAAAAUAGGAAAGACCUGAUUGAAGUUAUGGACAAUAUAGAAAGUACUUCACGCGAUUCUUCGUCGAUUAAUCAAGCCAGUGGGUACAAAUUAAAGCUGCAAGAUACAAAUUUUGUAUUUUGGCUAAGUAUAUUCCAUAAAAUAAUGCCACAUGUUGAAAUUGUCUUUAACCAAUUACAAAAAGUAUGCACCGAUUCUGUUAAGGUCAAAAAUGAUUUAGAGAAUUUUGAAGCAGCAAUUCAAACUAUACGAGAACAAAUGGAUAGCAUUAUUGACGAGAUUGAACGAGUGCAGAGAGAAACUGAUGAACCGGCAAGAAAAAAAAGGCAAGUUGAAGAAGGCAGCAAAAAACGGGAAGCGUUAGAAAUAUGCGAUGCAGUAUUAUCGCAAAUAAGAACAAGAUUUAACUUUUCUGGGCAUUUAGUUGCUUCUAAUUUAUUUGUGUCUGAAAAGUUUUCUGUUUAUAAACAUCAGUUUCCUGAAGCACAUUUAAAUGACCCAUGCACACAAUUUUCAUUUUUAGACAAAAACAGGCUUAAAACUGAGUUACAAGUAUUAUAUCAGAGAGAAGAAUUGAGUACUACUUCUGGAGCUGUUCCACUAUCCAUUUUAUUGAACGAGGAAGGAUUAAAUUGUACGUUUCAAGAAACUCUUAAGCUCUUAAGUAUUUUAAUCACUAUACCGAUGUCAACAUCUGAAGCAGAACGCUCUUUUUCAAUGCUGAAACGGAUUAAAACUUUCCUCAGAAACACAAUGAAGGAAGAAAGGCUUAGUGCUUUAGGAAUGCUGUCUGCAGAAAAACAUUUUGUUAGUGGCAUUGAAAAUUUUAAUAAUAAGCUUGAAGUAGUUGCCAAUCAAGAUUCUCCGAAUCGAGGCAGCAGUAGCAGUGCGGUGGCUGGCACAUUAAAAUAUACACAAAUUCUUAAGCCUGUCGAUGUCGGCCGGCGCAGCAGCAAAAAGGGGCCCGUCGCCGUCGUGGUGGUAGCCGUGGCCACGCGGCCUCAGCCGAAUUCCGUCCAAGCUACCGUGGAUGCUAGUUCGGUCAACUUAGAUGCUGUUUCGAAAUAA